AUGUCUACCACCGCACCUACAGUUGACAAUGCCACCGCAGAGGCAUCUGCGCCCGCGCUUGACGCCAGCCCAACAGACACCGGCGUCGCGUCUACUAGUGUGAACAACAAGAAUGAAGGUAUCAACAAUCUCCCGGGUGCGAACCAAUCUUCCGAAGCUGCCACCAAGACAGACAGCUCGGCAGUCAUCAACAACAGCGCGGGAUACACUAACAUACCCGACGGCGCCGGCCCUGCUGUCGGCGCACCAAAACCAGUGGAAGUCACUUCUGUUCCCGAGACUCCCGUGAACCACGGCACACCCGCCGGCGGAACCCCUCGGCCUGAGCUGAAUAUUGGCGGCGCCACGCCCAACGAGAAAACCCCAGAGCCCAACGCGAUACUCGGUCCUGGCGAUAAUCAGCCAACGAGCGCACCAAAGGAGCCUGUGGAAGAUCUAGCCGGGCCUGACCGGGCCUCUACGACGGGUGAUAAGAGGAAAAUAGUCACUGAGACAGAGACUGCGCCUGCUGACGCUCCUACGGCUACGACGGCCUCGACCAACGGGAAUGCUAAGGCGGAAGAAGACUCCGAGCGCCCAGAGAAGAAGCCCAAACUCACUGAGAAAAUCGCAGACAAAAUCCACGAUGUGAAGGACAAAGUCACGGGCGGCGAGGGCGAGACGAAGAAGGCCGGCCGGCCGAAGAAGGAUAAGAAGGCGCCGCCGGCGGUGGGCAGGACGGAGCGAAAGACCAGGAGCCAAGGCGCGCCUGUCGGAGAGAAUGUCUAA